CGCGUCCGCCGCGCGCUCCGUCGGGCAUCCGUUUUCCUGUUGAGCUCGCAGACCGCGGCGAGCACUUGGGGGGGCCCGUCGUUAGCGGGAAGCCUGUGAGGGAGGCGCGGAAAAAGCAGGCCGGCGGCGCCGCUCCACCUCCGCCUCCUCUCCGCGGCGGGGCGGACCCCCCCACCUGAGGCGUCCCAGCCGGCGCGCCGUCCGCCCGCGCGUACCCCGGCCGGCCCGGCCUGCCCUCGGGCGGACGCCUUCCGGCAUGGCGUUGGGACUGAGGGGGGCGCCGAGUUAAUGUGUGGCCGGGCUGCACCUCCCGUCAGCUCGCCGCCCAAACCUGAACCCUGAGGGCCGAGAGGCUGUCCUUUACCUUCCGCUUCCUCCUAGGAGCGGGGGGCCUGGAGUCGGUCCAGAACGGAAUCCCGACUCCCUGGAAGCAAAACAGAUAUAUUUUUGCUAUGAUGGAUCGAUUUGGAGAUGUAUCAGAAGGUGAAGUCGACCAUUCGUUUUUUGACAGUGACUUUGAAGAUGCAAAGACAUGUAAAAAUAAUUUAGUUUUUGACAAACAAAAGGAUAAUUCUAAAGAACAAGAAGAUAUAGAUACAGAAAGUACAGACUUGAAAUUUGGAGUAGAAGAAAAGAAAAAUUACCUGACUGAUGAGGGAAAUGAAAGAAGAGAGAAAAUAACUCCAGAACAACACCCUGUAGAAAAUAAUAUAAAAAUCAGAAAUUCUUUAUCAUUGACCACUUCUUCAAGAUCAAAAAAAGUGUGUGAUGCUACAACAGGACAUAAAACACACUUGCCCAUUCCAAAUGGUGUUCCCAAAAUUACAAAAAAGGGUGAAGACAAUUAUUACACAGAUGGAGAGGAAAGCAGUGAUGAUGGGAAAAAGCGUCUUGUUAGGACCAAGUCAACUAAACCAUCUAGUCAUAAGAAAGGUGUAAGUAAAAAAUACUCCAAAAAUAAUUCUUCUUCCUCCCCUUCCUCUUUGUCCUCAUCUUCAAGGUUAGGUACAGAUUGUUCAGAUCCAGGGUCAGAUUUCUCUGCAUCUGAUUCACCUCCAUUAGUAAAGAAACAUGGACCCAGUGUAACCCACUUGUCACCAAAACAGAAAUAUAAACCAGGAAUAAAAUCAACAGAAACACAGCCUAUAAAUACUAAAUCGAAAGUUGGUAACUGUGCUGAGGAAUCGGAAGAAACAGUGACAGAUGUAACUCCUUUAUCAACUCCAGACAUCAGCCCUGCUCAGUCUUUUGAACUAGGACUAUCAAGGGAUCAAAAAGUGAAAGUUAAAAAGCAAGAAAAUGUGAGUCAAGAAGUAUAUGAGAAUGUUGAAGACUUAAAAACUAAUUCAAAGUCAGGCAGAAAAGGGAAAAAGACUGGAUUCAAUCUCAAUGUGCAGUCAUCAGUGUUAGAGUCCAAUUUAGACCAGAGAAAUAAACAAAGAACAUUCCAUGACACGAUGGACCUCAACCAUCUUUUGAAAGCUUUUCUGCAGUUAGAGAAAAGGGGACCACAGAGACCUCACUUUGAUCAGCCUUCAGUAGCACCUAGGAAAAACUACUCAUUCUCCAAAGAGGAAGUAAGACUGAUUGAUCGGGAAAAUCAGAGGCUUUUGAAGGAACUCUCAAGACAGGCUGAAAAACCAGGAAGCAGAAGUACAGUUCCUAAAAGAUCACUAGGUCCUCCCCCUAAAUUAUAUCAUAGUGCGCUCAACAGACAAAGGGAACAACAAAGAAUUGAAAGAGAAAAUUUGGCGUUAUUGAAAAGACUUGAAGCUGUGAAACCAACAGUCGGUAUGAAACGCUCAGAACAACUGAUGGACUAUCAUCGCAAUAUGGGUUAUCUCAACUCGGUUCCAUGUUCAAGACGUGUGAGAUCGACUCUUGGCCAAUAUAGCCCAUUAAGAGGAGCUUCCAGGACAUCUAGUGCUACCAGUGGUCUCAGUUGUAAGAGUGAGCGAUUAGUUUUUGACAAAUCUAAUGGCCUCUUGCUAAGACCUAAGCCCCCUAAUGUCCGUACAGCUUGGUUAUAAAACAUUUUUUUUAAAGAUUGAACAGUUCUUAUUGAAGUGCUCUUGUAUAUUACUCUAAUUCUCUCUGUAAACAUCUGUGACAGGGUUUUAAGCAGUUUAAGGUAUAAAACUGUUUUAACUUAUUAUAAUUGAGUACAAAAUUGUUUUUUAAAAAAUGUAAAACCAGUGUUUUUAUAUGAUGUAUUUAUAGAAGAUGUUUAUGACUUAAUAGAGAAAUGGUAAUAUGCGUGUAUGCUUUCUUAACAUAGAAAUGAUUCAGCUGUCAUGCUGACAAGACAAUGUUAUAGUAUCACUGCACUUUGGACCCAACAUGUUAAAUACAUAGUUAUCAUUUUACAUUUUUCUUUUGCAUUUCUUGUAAACUCUAAACCAUGAGUGUAGCUCCUAAAUUUGACUGACUUUGAUUACUAUUUGCUUCAGAAUUUAGAUAAUGUGGCUCAUAGCUGGACUGUAAGAUUGUUACACUUUCUUAUGACUUCCUGAAAUUUAUUUUUAUUGAUGGAAUCGAUUUUAGAUUUCCUAAGCAGAUGGAGAGAGUCUUGUUCUGGGACAGUCAUUGUUACUCAGAAGUAGUUACUUCCUUUGUAGAAGUGUGCUUAAAGAUUUGAUCAACAUUCCAAACCAUUUCAAACUGUAUCUUUAAAAAUCCACUCUAGAAUCUUCUCUUCUGUAAAGAAUUGUUAAUGAUCUUGAGAAAUAGGUGCUGCAGUCUACAGCUUUGUGAAUAAAUUUAUAUGGGGACCAGGCCAGCAUAAGCAGAAACAAGUAUUUGUCGAUUCAGCAAAAUAGAACCACUUGUGAAAAGGCCAAAGGCAGAUUGAGUUGUGUUACUACAGUGUUCUUAGGUGAUGCUGAUAGCAGGUUGUAAUAUAUGUAGUUAGUAUAUAUUGAGAAGAAAAAUGAAUGCACCAUCUUAGAGCUGUAGGAAUAGCAGCUAAUGUUUUUAACGAAUGAAAAAAUAGUCAUCUAUGGUGAUUCUGCUUUUUAUUUGUUGGUCUUUUCAGUAUAUCCUUAGAAUGUGUUGCAAGGUAUCCAUAUUAAAUGCCAUGUUACUCUUUAUUAACCUGAUAUUAAUCAUUGUUUUAAAAUACACAUUUUAAAAACUAUAGCCACUAGAGGAUUUUUCAUUUUUUCUGGUGUUAGCUCAUGCUCUGUGGCAUGUUCUCUCUUAGUACAUCUUGGCAGUAAGCCAAACAUCAUUUCACUAAAUGUCAAUUCAGAAUUUCUUGGUCUUAAGUUCAUAUUGACAAAUAUUGUUAAGGAUAGAAUAUGAGAAGAAUGGGAACAAUAGGUUUUAAAAAUAUGUGAAUGCAGCCUGACUCAGAUUUUUCUGCUUCUUUCCUUGGACUAUCAUGAUGGUGAGACGUUUCUUGAUGCUGUUUUCUAGUGAACAGAUUUUUAUAUCAUCUAGUAUCUCACUUUACAGAUAGGUUUCAUUUAUACUAAACAGAUUUUUUUUAACUUAUUGCAAUUUUUAAAGGCUUAUAUAACAGCAUAUUUUUUGAAAGAAAAAUGCUAUAUUUAAAGCUCUGCGUUUGGACAUCUUUCCAUCAAUAAGCUGAUCGUCAGUAGAUUUUUAAUUAGGGAAAAAAGUUACUUCUUUUAAUUUGUUAUGGAGAAGAAAGUGACUCCUUUAUGUUCAUAAUGGCAUUUACCUCUAAGUAAAUUUUGUAAGAGUUUUGUUGCUGUAUCAAGAGACAAUACAUAGUAAAAGCUGUACUUAAUUUCAGAUAUUAAUUUUAAUGUUUUUAGUUUUGACUAUGAAAGGGGAAAUUUAUCUGUGACUAAUGAGGAAUUCAGCUUGAAGUUGAAUGAACUCAAAAUGAAGAAGAGUAGCAUCUUUCCAAAGCAGGAUUUAUAGAUCUAUUGUCAUCUUUACUUAUGUGAUAAAUAGAAGGAUAGGAGUUGGAAGUGUGAUGCUCUGACAUAAGUCAAGAUACUUUAAUGUUGUCAUGCUUUAACAGUCCUUUUUAUGAAGAAAUCAGUAUAUUUUCAGCACAAGAAGAUAACGUGAUGGGUAAUCUAGCACUUCUUUUGUUUACUUCCCUAAUUACAUAUUUUGAAGAUUUACAUCUGCUACUAGAAAUUAUAAUAAUCUAAAGUCUAGAGUUAUUAGGGAAAGUUCUUUGUAAAAGGUUAAAGUAAUGUUGCCCCAAUUAUAAUAAGAAUAUGAAAAGUUUUAACCUAAAAUUUCCUAAUGGAUAGCUAUGAUCUCAUAUUUCACCAUCUUUUUUUCAGUCUUUACAGAAAGCUGCUUUCUUAGCAAAUAAAAAUAUUUGUAUUUGCUUCUAAAUGUAAUACAGUGUAGUUGUAUUUUAACCCAUUAGCUUAAAUGUCCAAAGUGAAUAACUUUGGCAACUUUAAAGAGUGCUCUGGUUUGAUUUGUGUGCUUCUCAUCUUCUAAUUCAAAUACUGCACACUAUGAAAAGUAUUAUGAUCAAUAUAAAAUCAGAUAUAUAUUUUAUUUAUUUACUUUUUAAUAAAUGUAUAAAAUGCUUAAUAUUUUAAAUGCCAAGGUCUUAUAACUGAUUGUAAACCAUCUUAGAAAGUGUAUUUAAUGCUCAUGGCUUAUUCUGUUUCCAUGAAUAAAGAUUGGUAAGAAACUUAAAAAUCAACAUCCUUUUUAAAUUCCCCAAUCACUGUGAUGUAUUUUAGGCAUGAAAAAGUAGAUCGAUGUAGUAAAUAAAUAAAAUAAUUGAAGAUAACUGGA